AUGAGUAUAACUUAUUCGCAAACUGUGAUACCUGGCCACGACUUUCAUUUUCGGAGCAUGACCUUCAAGUACAACGGUGGCAGACAUGGCCAGGACCAAAAAAACCGUCAGUAUCUGCUUCCACCGCCACAUUCUUCCAUUCCUAUAGGAAUCAUCGUGGACAACGACCGAGAAGAACAAGAGGCUCGAUCACCGGAGAGAACAGACCUGUCAUACUCAAGGCAAGGCAAUUCCCCGUCAAGAGAGCAACUGCCAUCCGUCCAUCAACUACUGUCGUCCGAAAGAAGUGCUAGUUAUUUACCUCCUCCUCCUCCUAUUCCUCCUCAAACAAGUCAUUUCCAGGGCCGUAGCCUACAAAACUCGCCGUCGAAUUACCCACUUUCUUCCGAUUCACGUUUGAAUAUUUCCGGCAAUCCAGAACGGAUACCUUCAAAUUAUCCAUCUAUGCCGCCAUCUGGGGGCAUGGAAUACGAGCCAUACCAUACACCGCAACCUGCCAGACUGCCCUCAUUAUCACAAGUAGGCAUUGAGCCCCCAUCGCAUUCGCGGGUGUCGGAAAAUUCUCGUGCGCGACUUGCGCCUGAUGAGGAUUCGCCCCCGAGCCACUUUGCUGCUUCGAGGGAUCUCGCAAUGCAAUCUAUUCCCUCGACAUCGUCCCACCUCGUGCCACACUUAGGACGAGAGUCUGCGUCACAAGGGCCUGCUGUUACGAAGCAGGUAGUCGACGAACGAUAUCUUCCGGGGAAGGGUAUUUGUUACAUAUAUGCAGAUAAUUCUUACUGUCCCAAAUCGAUAGAUGGCCAACAGGUCAAUCCAAACUGGGGUCUGACGAAAGCUGGCAAGGCCCGGAAACGUUUGGCACAGGCCUGUAUUCAGUGCAGGGAAAAGAAAGUAAAGUGCCAGCCGAAUCUGCCGAAAUGUGAUCAAUGUCAGAAGUCGGGGAGGGAGUACCCCGCCCAAGUCGAGGAAGGUCAUCUUCAUAUGAUCUGCAGCCGGUGUAACCAUAAAGAGCAGCAGCGAAAACCCGAGCCUGUUCACUUUCUCAAUUCCAGCCCCAUGAUCUGGGCUUCAGCCGAUGAAUGA